AUGCUGUCAGAACAGGGGAAUCAGUCAUUUGAUCCUACGGUCUCAUUCCGUCAGUCCGACUAUAGUCCCACUAUGCUUCAACAACAGCAGCAGCAACAGCAGCAGCAGCAACGGCAACAGCAACAGCAACAACAGCAACAUUUUGCAUCUGGACAUCAGCAACAGCAUCAGAAACAGCAACAAUUUCAUCGGCCGGCUCGACCGGCUUCUGAAAUCUUGCCUCAGAAUCAUCAGCAUCCUUUUUUAAGUAAUAACUUCCAAUCUCCAGAAGCUGAGGCGAUCGAUAAAUGGUUUGAGGACCUUUCUAAUUAUGAACAGACUCUGGAAGAAAUGGCUGUCGUUUCACUUGACACAGUCUUUAAGGACGAACUCUCGACAAUUGAGUCUUGGUUCAGGGUCUUGUCAGAGGCAGAACGGACAGCUGCGCUGUAUUCACUUCUACAACAUUCUUCGCAAGUCCAGAUCCGCUUUUUCAUUACGGUACUCCAGCAAAUGGCCAAAAAAGAUCCUGUUGGCGCGCUCUUGUCUCCUUCAUACAAUGACAAAGAUCCUGUACAAAGUCAGCUGCACGGUGCCAUGGCCAAGGCUGAAAUGGAGGCUAGCCAACGGCUACUGAAUGUCCUUCCAAUCCAGCCUCCAGCGCCUAUCGACCGCCCUGGUCAACGACGACUCUAUGACCGCCACUCAGUCACCAUCGGAGAGAGCGAUGAAUAUAGUCGCCUAUUCCGCAGUCGAGACGGCAAAAGAAAUAGCAUUGACUUUUUAGGUCGACCCGCCGUCACUAAUAAUACCAACAAUGCCAACAUGGCCAACAUUGCCAAUCAGUUUCAUAGUGGUAUCGGCCCCAACGGCGCAGUCAACAAUAGUACCAACAAUGUGAAUGGUAAUCCUAAUGGACAAGUGAAUGGUGUCAUUGGCAGCAAUGCGUUAUCAGAAUCAAUUUCUGCGCGCGUGAAUCAGUUUAAACAACCUAGUCAAGGGUCUUUGAACAGGAUAAGCACCCCAAAUGUGUUUAGCAACCGGCCUAAAUCUGUGCAUGAGGGCGAUGCCUCAUCCAUGUUCUCUGCUAACUGGAAUUUUGCUUCACUGGGUGCAAACCCUAUUCCUAGCACCAAUGGUAAUGGCAAUGCACUGACAGCUGGAGCAGGCUCGUCCUCGCUGUCAGGUUCGCCAGGCAACAUUGGUGAUAGGACCUCUUUUGGACGCCCCAAAUCUGUCGGUGGAGCUGAAUGGAUUUUGAGUGGCUCCUCUACUGGUCACCGAGGCUCGGUGACGGAGGGACUGGACAAAUCGUGGACACCUCUAAUGGUAUCGCCACCUAACAUGGGUGGAUUUCACAAUGGUACCAAUGGCACUGGACACAAUCUGAGCGCAGGUGGAUUCUCAUCAGGGUCGGGCUUGGCUGUUGAACGGCCAAAGUCUGUGACCGAUGCUGAUCUCGCACAUUUGAAUAUCUCUCAAUGGAUUAAUAACAAUAAUAUUCCGAAUGGCAACGGUGCUGGUAACCGGACUUCAACUCUUGAUGAGCUGAAGGCGAACAAUCGUCGCAGGACCCUCCUCAGGCCAAGCGCCAUUAUCUCGAACGUCCCGGUGACGGUGAUGGAGGGCGACGAAAAGCUGUUGAGCGCGAGCGCCAACACGUCCUCCAUCAACAUUGUUUCAACAAUGUUUAAUGAAUCUUCUAGUUCUGGAUCUGAAUCGGGACUUGGUCCCAUGUCUGAUUUAACGGGUAUGGCUGGAACCUCCUCUCCUGCAGCAUCGCAGGGCAAUGCUUCAGGAUUUUCCUAUGCGGGUUCGCAGCCCUCCUUAAAUUCUUUUUCUCAACAACAACAGCAGGCUGUUCAGCAAUUGCAAAACCUUAACCUUGAACCCUCGGUGACGGCUCGCUCUACUCAGCAGCCACGUUCAAGGGCGUCUUCACCUUUUGCGUCUCCACUUCCUUCGCCUGUCAAGUCUGGAUUCCGCUCCCGGCCGGUUUCGGGGCCCGCAUCCCCACGUCUGUCGGCCACUCAGCAUCCUUCUUCUGCAUGGAGUUCAAACGGAGGGGGCAAUAAUGGCAAUAAUAGUAAUAUAAAUAACCUCAAUUUGGGGAUGGCAGCUGAUGGCAGCGCCACAGUUAUUCCUACAGAUUAUAAUCAGAAGCGUCAUCUGUCUCCUCCUACGCACCAACGACCGCUUCAACAGAGUAACAACUAUCACAAUCAUCCUUAUCAUAACCAUCACUCGUCACUGGAUGACGAUUAUUUGAGUGACACUAGCGACAUUUCGAGUUUGGGUAUGAAUAGCCAUCAUGGUGGACGAGGUAGUUCUGCCAGUAACAAGGAGAAAAAGCAGCCUGAGGGUGUUGAUUUUGAACUUUUACAAGAUACCCCGGCAUGGCUUCGAUCACUAAGACUGCACAAGUACAAUAGUAUAUUUGAAGGGAUGCAAUGGCGCGAUAUUGUGAACCUGUCGGAUGGCGACUUGAUCAACAAAGGCGUUGCGGCUCUGGGAGCCAGACGUAAGAUGUUGAAGGUUUUUGAGCAGGUUCGAAAGGAAAUGCUUUUGCAGGGCAUGGUUGUUUAA